AUCCCUUCUUCUUCGUGACAUUCCUGUUCUCUACACGCCACUCCCGCUGUCCACCAUGGCCGAUCUAACCUCCUUCAAGAAGUUAUUAUCUCAUCGCUCUCUCAAGAACUGUGGUCGUCUCUAUGAACUCUGGCGUACCACCCAAGUCGCCAUCCCCAACCCAACCGAUCUCACCUUGCUCAAAGACUUCCCUCACAACGAGAUCGACAUCGCGGAGAAGAUCAAGUGGGUCAUGGCCAAGUGUGGACUUCCUUGGGAAAGGUACAAUCCUGUCUAUCCUAUGCCCAGAGACCAAACGGUGGCAUGCCCGAUCGAGGGAUGUCAAACCGUCGAGUUCACUGACACGCAAUCGGUGAAGAAGCAUCUAGGGACUGUCACCCACAUGGUCUUGCUGGCCAAGAUUCUCGGUUUACCGCCUGCUGCACUACUCAUAUUGAGGCAUUGUUCAAAGUGUAAUCAAGAGAUUUAUUGCCAGCGCCCUGAUUCGUUCAACCGGCACACGGGUGCAUGCAAGGCCAGGCGUGAGUCUGCUCCUGCUCAAGACACGUCCAAAACGAGAGGCACUCGCCGUGCAAAGCCAUAUUCGCUCAAGGACCGACCUUCUGUCAAGUCUGUGUCUGAUCCUGAUCCUGAGGUCAACACCGUGGCGCAAUCGGAGUCGCAAGUCGCAUCUAGUUCUCAGACUCAAUCGUCUGUGUUUGAUCUGGGAGGCCCCUCCGCUCCCGUCUCUGCCCCUCAGUUCUGCACUGGCUGCUUUGCUCUUGAUCCAACGAUCGGAAGCUUUCCUUCUCCUUGGGUUGGAACACUCUCCUCACAGACCCCUGCACCGCCUGAACCUCGGACACCUUCCCAGCUCGAACACUCGCCUCUAGUCUCUCUCGAGCCGUCCAGCGAUCCUGGGUACUUCUUUGCAAUCCCUGGUUACCCUAACAUCCCUCUUUUCCACACCCACGGUAUGGGAAAGCUGCCGGUCAGCUUCGAGGAUGUUUCCGACGAUGACGACAUGAUUGUUUCCACCGACGACUCUGGAUUGUCUCCGGAUGAGUUCUCGGAUGAUCUUCCUGGCUCAGAUUGUCUCUUGUAACCUAUGAUUUCUUUAUUUAUUCCAAAGGUGUAAGUUAGGUUGAUCGCAUCUUUUCAAUACGUCUGCACUGAUGGGCUUCUGUAUCGAUACUCUGCUGUAUUCCCCGUUAUAACCAUUGUCGGUAUAGGUCUGCGAUGGUCCUGUAUUUAUUUCGAUUGAAUCAAACACGCUCCACUAUUGACACAACUUCAAAUUCUCGCUCGCUCGAAAUAUCCUUCUUAUAAAGGUAGAAGUUGAGU